GGCGGUGCGUUCCUAAAUCGGAAUGCACUGUGAGACUAAACAAACUCUUAUUAGACUUAUUUGUCAAAAGCUUAGAUAGUGCUUUACAUAAUUAACAAGCCAUUAUAAAUGCAAAGAUAAAAGAGAACUAAUUAAUGAUCCUAAUCAUAGUAUUCUAUGAUUCUAUAAAUAAUAAAACCCUUCAAUGGUAAUUAAACAAACCAUGGCUAAGCUCGUGAUGAUCACUCUCAUGACCCUCCUCUCCCUCUCCCUCUUCAUCACAGGUACGUUCGGGAUCGACGGCUACGAUUUUCCCGAAAAGGGAUCGGCCACGGUGGCCGCAGAAGUAUCCGAGGUGGGGAACGCCACUACGCUCGAUGUGUUCAAAAGGUGCCUGGCGUGCCGCUGUUGUAUUGGCGACGGACGAUUCUGCUUCAACACCAAGUGCUGCUACCAGAUUUAUUGCAAAAUCCCCGGACAGCCCCCCGACAAGUGCUUUUUCGUCGCCAAGAAAUGCGGCUGCAAUUCUUGCUACUGAUCGGAACGGUCGAUACUUUUAUAUUUUUAAUAUUUGAGGGGACUGUCCCGAUAUUGUGACUUGGUCUCUCUAGUUUAUACUUUUAUAAAAACUUUAUGUGCUGA